GUCGAUCAGUUUGCUUUUCCUGUUUGACAUUUCAAUUCUUAUGAAGUCAAGAGUGGAACUGGAACUUGGAAGAUACUUUAAAUUACUAAAAGUAUUUUGGUAACACUUUGCUUGUAAUUGUUAAUUAUCACUGUUAAAAAACUUAAAUACCCUCUCUUCGCAAUAAUGACUACUACAACGAAGCCGAGAUCUGAGAUGACUUUGGAGGAAUUAUCAAAGAUUGAAGAAGAAGAAUUCAGUACUGGCCCUUUGUCUGUUCUAACACAAUCGGUAAAAAACAACACUCAAGUCCUUAUCAACUGUAGAAACAACAAGAAGCUGUUGGGUCGUGUCAAAGCCUUUGACCGGCAUUGCAACAUGGUCCUUGAAAAUGUUAAAGAAAUGUGGACCGAGGUACCGAGACUUGGAAAAGGGAAAAAGGGCAAAGCAGUAAAUAAGGACAGAUUCAUAUCCAAGAUGUUCUUGAGAGGUGACUCUGUGAUUUUAGUUCUACGCAACCCGCUGGCAACAGCAGCGGGAAAGUAAUAGCUUUUUAAGGAUAAGACUAGUUUAAUUCUGUAUUAAUUUCAUACCUACCAAUAAAUAAUAAUUUUCAA